GAUGGCAGCCAAGCACGACCUGAGGUGGCCGCGGUUGUUACUGUGGAGGAUGUGGCGGGCCCGGGGAGCGUCGCCAAGUCUGGGAUGGAGUCUGGGCCUAGGGGCGAGGACUUGUUCCCGGGGCGAUGGCCCAUACUCGCGCACGGCGUUCUAUGAGCUGCUCGGCGUCCCCUCCACGGCCACGCGAGCGCAGAUCAAGGCGGCCUACUACCGGCAGAGCUUCCUCUACCAUCCGGACCGCAACUCGGGAAGCGCCGAGGCUGCCGAGCGCUUCACGCGCAUCUCCCAGGCCUACGUGGUGCUGGGCAGUGCCACCCUCCGUCGCAAGUAUGACCGCGGCCUGCUCAGCGACGAAGACCUGCGCGGCCCCGGCGUCCGGCCCUCCAGGACGACUGCGGCCGACGUCGGCUGUCCCCGCACCCCGUCGGCCUCCUCUCGCGCCCAGAGCCGGGAUCAGGCCGCGCCGGGCGCCAGCCGCACCAUGUUCGACUUUGACGCCUUCUACCAGGCGCACUACGGAGAACAGCUGGAGCGCGAGCAGCGCCAAAGGGCGCGGCGCGAGGCCCUUCGCAAGCAGCAGGAGGCCAGGGCCAAGAAGGGCUACCGCUGGGACGAGACCCGAGACACGGCUUUGGUCUUCUUUCUCCUCAUCAUCUUUGUCAUGAUCAGCUUUCGUGUUUAAUGGGAGAGAGGAGGGAAGGGGAGGAGCCCCUGGCUAGCCCCAAGAAAAUGGCCUUUCCUGUCUGCCGAAGCCAGUAUCUUCCCUAGCCUACCUCUGCUGGGGGUCGGAAGGAACUGAUCUUCCCGCUCCUGUCCCAAACCCUGCCCCUAUGGUCGAGAAAAGGAGGCUUUUCCAUGCCUAAGAAAGAGGUCCCAAGACCAACGGUUUGGAAAGGCUGGGUGUGAAGGGUCAGAGAAGGGUUUUCUGGAGUCCCCUGAGUGUCUGCUUCCAGAGGUUGCCUUUUGAUGUUGUCAACUUCUGGAACACUUGCUCCGACUUCAUGGUAAAGCCUGGAGCAAGAAUCGGCUCUUGCUGCCCUACAUGUGUACCACUGGGGCUCCUCUGUAACCUUGAAACCAUGCCAUGUGACUAAUUGUUGGCGGCCAAAAGAAAAAUUCUGGGGUUGUACGACACUUGUAUUUCUGUGAGUUCCCCAAGCCACAGGUGAGAGACCUAAUCUAGAGUAAGACUGGGAAGUGUGGAAACCUUGCCAUGCCUCUUGUCAGCCCCAGACCCCGCUCCCCCUUCUGCUGGUGGCAUGUGGGAGUGAGAUAACAAGGUCACCAAGCGUAGGGAAUGAGUGUUCCUGUGCCUAUAUUUGUCUAUUGUUUGACCUUGGAUAAGUUACUCUGGGCAUGACAGCAGAGAAGUAAAUCAUCUGCUCUCAAGGUCUCUCCACGCUUUAUGAUCUGUAGUUCUGAUGCGCUCAGUGAUUAUAACAUGGAUGCUAGUAGGGCCGGGUUCACCUAUGGGACCGAGCGCACAUCACCCUUCUACCAGCCAGCCCCAUCACUAACUUGCAGCUCAUUCCCAUCAAGAAAUAGAGCAACAAACUCAGAGCAUGAGUCUCCUGAAUGGCUCAUCCGUCUGUUUGGCUUUCAGUGCUUAGCACAGGCCCCACAAGCCAAGUCCUUGAAGCAAGGCCACUUAAUGCUGAGGGAGACUUUGGGGGUUGAGAGCAGACAGGAAGGACAGGGACAUUUCUCUGAGACAGGAGGCUUGCUGGUCGAGGUGGAAACUGUUCCUUAUUCAGAGCUGGCUGCAGGUUUUUGUUUGUUUUUUUCUCUCCUUCUAAUUAGUGCUAAGCGGUUGAUCAUCCCUUGGUGAGGAAUGGGUUGGCGGUAGGAUUGUAGGUGCCCAGGUGUUUAAGUACUGGGCCUGAGUGUAAAGCUGUGGGAUGGGAAAACUUUCAGGAGGUCUGUGGCAAGGGUGACCCUAAAAUCUAGGGUCUGGUUGAAAGCCAGAGGUGCUUUGGUAAAAGUAACACUAAUUCCUCCACUCAGUCUUUUGCAUAAAAUCCUUGUAUACAUUGGGAUAAGCCCGCAAUUGGAUAGUCCAACUUGGGCUCUUGGAAACUAAGCUCCUAGCCACGGCUUGCAGUGACCACAGUACCCCAGUGUUCAGUUGUAAAGAUUUGAGCCUGCCCUGGUUCAAGCCUGCAUGGCUUAUUGAACCUUGAUUUUGGAGGGCGGGAGAACAUGCACUUUAAAAAAGAAUAUUUACUGUUAUGAUGUUUCAUAUUUGAAAAACAAGAGGGGAAGUCUCUUUUUAAAAUACAAACCACAGGAAGUAAAGGCUGGCAAAAUGUACUGAAGUUAGUGAUUCUCAGCCAAGGAAGUGGGGCAUAGAAGUCCUUAGGGGCAAGAACUUUUUUUUCUGUCAGAAAGAGUUGGGGUAUUGUUUUGUUUUUGAGUUGUAAAAGCACUGUGGUCUGAAUUGCUGGGGCCUUUUCAUUGGCCCCUUGACAUGGACCUCUCAAGUUUGUUUUCUCUUGGUGAAGAUCAGAGCCAAGAAUAUACAUUGAGGCCCCAGAACCCAAAGGUGGACAGAAAGUUACAGAAGCGGAAGGAAGACCCAAACUACCUCAAACUUCCAGAACAUUCCAUGCAAUUCUAAGCAGGAUAGUCAAUAAAAGUUUAUUCACCAUCCAAAUCGAAGCCUCUCCCAUUGUCCAAAACUAGGCCUGUUCCACUCUGCUCAUGUCCAUCCCUAACUGCCUCAGGUCUUUUUAGGCCAGAGCCGAAGACUAAAGAGCCCUACUCGGUUCCCUCCUUAAAACGGAGUCUGGGUUCUGCAUGAAAGGGAACGUGUGUGGGAGAACCUUUAAAGGACCACCUUCUUCCCUCCCAGUCCUUCCCCUGUGGUCUUGUCCUGGUUUUUUCUUUCUCUGCUUCCUGCCUGCCCUGGAUGUUAGCCCCUGCUAACCUUCCUGAUAAUGGAGGAAGACAUGCCCACCCUUAAGCCCCUCUUCUCCAUUUGGUCACAAACCAAAACAAAAAUCCUUGGAAGUUUGGACCAGUAGUGGGAGGCCAGGGCAAGAGGGGCCCAACCUGCCCCAGGCUGUGCUCAUGGGGGUAGGGAUGAGGGUGCAAGUACCAGGCUGAGUGAGCAGCAGGCACAGCUCCUAAUGGAGACACAGGCAACAAGGCCAGAGUCACAGUUGUUUCCUGUGUCUAGAUAAUGGUUAUUCUUGUCUUUGGAUUUCAUCAUGACUUUUUUUUUAUCCCUCCAGAGCCAAAUUGUAUUUUCCCUGUGUUGCCCUUUAUUUAUCACUGGUGAAAAUGACCCUUUACAGAUCCCAGCAUUGAGGGAGUAGGGCUCUUGCUUCCUUCUGAGGUUCUGGUGUUCCAUUUGCUGGUGCACCUUUUCCUCUCUAACGGUCCCAGUUUGAGCCUGGAUUAUUGAUGAGAAUCACUUUGGUCAAAGAGAGUUAGGCCCUGAUUGACUCUGAAGGUCCCUGUAGCCAUAGCCUGAGGCCAAGACACCCAAGUGGAGCCCGAGUGAGGGCCAGCAGCAUGCCUUCUUUGGAAAUUGGGAGGGGUGUAUGUCUCAGACCUUUGGGCUUCCUGGAUGUUGCCCAGACCCCGCGAAGAGAAGCUCAGAGAAAGCCCAGAUGGUGAGCAGUGAAGCUACUUCAAUCUACUCUCCCUUGAAUCUCAUUGCACUAGAAAAUUGGGCAGUUCCUUAGCCCUGCGAUGAGGUGAUGCGCUGCCACCUGCCCAUGAGCAGGAUCAUGGGGGAAGACCCGACUCACCUGCCCUCAGCAGCUUGCGCUCAGGUCUCACUUGCGGCCCUGGUGGCAGUGGAGUUUGCAAAGCAGCCAAGUGUCCCUCUGUUAAGAUGCCUUAGGAUGAUAGGAAAAGUUGGGUCUGGACUGUGACCUCACAUCGGCCACACCCCCAAGAAGCCAGUGCCGAGUUCCGCUCACCAUCUGUCCUGAGGCCAUAGUCUUACUCUUGGUGCCGCCUCACCCCUGGGGCCUGUAGGGCCUGUGGUGGUCUUACAGGGGCCUGGCCCUGGCAUCCUGCCUUUGCCCCCUCAACAUUGUGUCCUUUAGCCCUGGGAGGGGACUGUCCCUAGGGGAAAGAAAGCCUCUUUCAGGAGCCCCAAGAGCAGACAGAUUCGUGGCCCACAGGCCACAGACAACCUGUAAACAAUGCUUGGCUAGCACAGUGUAUUAAAAUAACGUUAGCCAACAUUCAGAAAUUGAGGGGCCACCUAAAAAUCUAGCUGACUUCUCUCAAAAAAUGAGAAUGUGCUGCCAUUGAGCUCACACACUUGCAUUACGCCAUGGGAGAGGCUGAGUAACACCUGCCCAUUAGAUAGGACAUUGCUCCCAGGUGGCUGCACUGCCCACCAGUGGAGGUGAAGAAUAAAACACUGUUUAUCCACACACUUGCACCAUUUUUCUUAUAAUAGAGAAAUAAUUCCCUGUAUCACAGGUCUGUCGUGAAGGGAAACACAAAAGGACCAUGCAUUUCCAGAAAAUAGGAACAGGGUGUGUUUCUUUGUGGAAAGGGUCUUCUUUUCUCCUCUGUCACCUUCCUGGCCCCUACAGGUGGUGGGGUUGACAGAUCCCUAGUCUACAGCCCAUGUUGCCAUAAGAACCCUCACUUUGUGAG